AUGUGCCACUUUACCCAGGCCCAUCAUCUGUGGCGAAUGCAGAUUCAAGCUGCAGCCUUUGCCAUGGCCAUUUCUGCUUCUGGACAGAAUGCUGGCGGCUGCUCGGUCUUGAUCGCCGGCUUACCCAUUGGACUGGAAGAGAAUUGGACCGGGGAGGCUAGAUAA